CAGGCGGGGCCCGGCGGCGGCCACCCCCGGGACCAGACUUGGGGCGGGUGUCUCGAAGAUGCUAGAGGGCCUGGGGUCCCCCGCCUCACCCCGGGCAGCUGCAAGCUCCUCGGUCGAGGGGUCGUCGGGGCCCGCGGCCUGCCCGCCGCCCUCGCCCUCGUCCCCGACGUCCCCGGAGUCCCCAGCCCCCCGGCGGGGCGGUGUGCGCGCCAGCGUCCCGCAGAAGCUGGCGGAGGCGCUGAGCAGCCAGUACGGGCUGAACGUGUUUGUGGCGGGGCUACUGCUGCUGCUGGCCUGGGCCGUGCACGCUGCGGGCGUGGGCAAGAGCGACCUGCUGUGCCUCCUGACGGCGCUCAUGCUGCUGCAGCUGCUGUGGAUGCUGUGGUACGUGGGCCGCAGCUCCGCGCACCGCCGCCUCUUCCGCCUCAAGGACACGCACGCGGGCGCCGGCUGGCUGCGCGGUAGUAUCACAUUGUUUGCAGUCAUUACCAUCAUCCUGGGAUGCCUUAAAAUUGGAUACUUCAUUGGAUUUUCAGAAUGUUUACCCGCCACUGAAGGAGUUUUCCCUGUCACCCAUGCAGUGCAUACUUUGUCGCAGGUAUAUUUUCUUUGGGGGCAUGCAAAGGAUAUUAUCCAGUCUUUCAAAACACUGGAAAGGUUUGGGGUGAUCCACUCAGUGUUCACCAACCUGCUUUUGUGGGCCAACGGUGUCCUCAAUGAGUCAAAGCACCAACUCAAUGAGCACAAGGAACGGCUCAUUACUCUGGGCUUUGGGAACAUAACAACAGUUCUAGAUGACCACACACCGCAGUGUAACUGCACGCCCCCAACUCUCUGCACUGCCAUAUCCCACGGGAUCUACUACCUCUACCCCUUCAACAUAGAGUAUCAGAUCCUGGCCUCCACCAUGCUCUACGUCCUAUGGAAGAACAUCGGGCGCAAAGUUGACAGCCAUCAGCACCCGAAAAUGCAGAUCAAGUCUGACGGGGUCGUGGUGGGCGCAGCCCUGGGCCUGACUGCGCUGGCCGCCACCAUUGGUGUGGUGGUGGUGUACCUGAUUCAUAUUGGGCGCUCCAAGACCAAGAGCGAGUCGGCACUCAUCAUGUUCUACCUGUAUGCCAUCACCCUGCUGAUGCUGAUGGGGGCUGCGGGGCUGGCUGGAAUCCGGAUUUACAGGAUGGAUGAAAAAUCACUGGAUGAGUCCAAAAAUCCGGCCCGCAAACUGGACUCAGACCUCUUGGUGGGCACUGCCUCUGGCUCCUGGCUUAUCUCCUGGGGCUCAAUCUUGGCCAUCCUCUGUGCAGAGAACCACCCCAGCUAUACCUGGUACAACCUGCCUUACUCCAUCCUCGUGAUCCUGGAGAAAUAUGUCCAGAACCUCUUCAUCAUCGAGUCCAUUCACCGAGAGCCUGAAAAACUCUCUGAGGACAUCCGAACCCUUCGGGUGGUCACCGUCUGCAAUGGCAACACCAUGCCCCUUGCUUCUUUCUGCCUCAAGAGUGGAGGCGUGGCUGAAGAUGUGGCUCCCCGGAGCAGGGACACGCCACCAGCAGCCAACGGAAAUGUGCACGUGAGAGAAGGCUGUGGCAAGGAGGACGAGAAGCGGGAGGAGAGCAGCUGGGGAGAGAGCCCCAGCCCAGCCCACCUUCCCUGUUUCUUACAGGGCAACGCCAAGAGAAAAGUCUUGAGGAAUAUUGCAGCCUUCUUGUUCCUCUGCAAUAUUUCGCUUUGGAUACCUCCCGCCUUUGGCUGUCGACCCGAGUAUGACAACGGAUUGGAGGAGAUUGUCUUUGGCUUUGAACCCUGGAUAAUUGUGGUCAAUCUGGCCAUGCCUUUUUCUAUUUUCUACCGAAUGCACGCAGCUGCCUCCCUCUUUGAGGUCUAUUGUAAGAUAUAGUCUGGGUCCACAAGAGACCGAGGAGUGAGCUAACAAGAGAGUUCACUGGAACCACCUGGGAGUGGCCAGGCUGGACAAAUAUUGCCUGACAAAUAUGAGAAGGGCCGCCUUUUGUCUGCAAAGAUUGCGCUUCCUGUGGGCUGGAACUGCCCGUCACCCCCGAUGAGUGUAAACAAGUUAGAUCAAAAUCCAUGAGGUGGCUGGAAUCU